AUGUCCUCGGUAGGCCUCACCUCUUCGCUCGAGGAUUUCCUCGCACAAACCUUCGACUACCUCAUCAUCGGAGGUGGGACUGCUGGUUUGGUUGUCGCAUCACGGUUGUCUGCAAACCCCGAUGUGAAAGUAGGCGUCAUUGAGGCAGGAGAUGCAGGAUUUGAUGAUCCAAAUAUCACCAAUCCGGGAAAGGUUUCGGCCAUGCUACAUAACCCCAAGUAUGACUGGACUUACCAAAGCACGCCACAGGCGCACAACCAAAACCGAUCCCAUCACAUUCCCCGAGGUAAAGUGCUUGGAGGUUCGAGCGCCAUUAACUUCAUGGCAUAUGGGAGACCUUCCGCGGUCGACCUCGAUGAUUGGGGCACCAUGGCGGGAAACAGUGAAUGGUCAUGGGCAGGACUAGCUCCAUAUUAUCGAAAGAGCGAACAGCUUGAGUCGGCUGGAUUGACCGGCACUGCAUUGGAUCUCUGUCCCGUGCAGAAUGAGGCUCAUGGCACGCAAGGCCCUAUUCACACUUCGCUAGGCCCCUGGCAGGCUCCUAUUGAAACCCCCCUGCUAGCUGCAAUGGAUGAAACGUCGGGACUGUCUCGGCCGCAGGAGCCAUGGAAUGGAGAGCACUUGGGCUUCCAUCGGUGCCUCUUUACUAUCGAUCGAAGCGCUGGCCUCCCACAUCGCAGUUACGCGGCCAAUGGGUAUCUAUUGCCAGUGCUGGGUAGACCAAAUCUCCAUGUCCUGACCAAUGCGGCAGUCACCAGGAUACUUCUUGAUGACGAGCAGUGUGCUCGUGGGGUUGAAUUUGUUCAUGAGGGAAAUAACUAUCAGGUCAGCGUCGCACGCGAGGUUAUUCUAUCAGCCGGUACCUUCGAAAGCCCCAAGCUGCUGGAGCUGUCAGGUAUCGGAGACCCUGGACAUCUCGCCUCUCUGGGCGUUCCAUGCCGGGUUCCUCUUCCAGGUGUCGGGACGAAUCUCCAAGAACAUCCCGUGUCCGCGGUGGUAUACGAAUUAGCAGACGGAGUACUGUCCAUAGAUUCCAUCCUUCGUGACGAAAGCUUGCUAAAGCAGCACCUGCGACUGCUGCAGGAAGAGCAGUCCGGGGCACUUUCCGGCCCGGUCAGCCUGAUGGGGUUCAUCCCUUACGGACCCCAGGUCUCGGCUGAGCGGCUUAACGAAACCAUCCUCAACGUGCUGCAGCAUCAUAGUAAUGCUGCCACCGACAAUGCCGAAUUAGUGACACUCCAGCACCGACAGCGCCAACGCAUUGUCGCGCAUUUAUUGGACCCCCGGUCAGCGGAUAUCCAGCUGGUGGGUUUCCCAUCAGCAUUUGCUAUCGAUCGAGUGUAUGCCGAUUGCAGCAAACUUAGCCCCGGCCCUCCCCCAGGCCGGAACGCAUGCUACUCGCUUAUGGUCAGCUCCAUGUAUCCUGUCUCUCAGGGAAGCUCCCACGCGCAGUCUCGGGACCCAGAGGCUGCACCGAGAGUGGACCUUGGAUUCCUGAAGAACCCAGCCGAUGUGGACGUCCUUGCGACGGCUGUCAUGGUCGCGGAUAACAUCUUCCAAUCUCCCCGCAUGAAGGGGCAGGUCUUGGCCCGGGUGCAGCCGCCACCUGAGGUCAAUUUGCAGGAUGUAGAGCAGGCGCGAGAAUAUGUCCGGGAUCGGCUGAUGAGCUAUCAUCACGCGCUUGGGACAUGUGCUUUGGGGUCAGUAGUAGAUGAGAAAUUAUGUGUCAAGGGUACUCGGGGUCUGCGCGUGGUCGAUGCAAGUAUUAUGCCGGCCCAGGUCAGUCAUGCUGUGCUCGGCACGGUAUAUGCGAUUGCGGAGAAGGCUGUUGACCUGAUCGAAAGCACUUACUCUUAA